GGAAGUGAAGUGACCUGGUGCGCAUUUUCAAAGUAGCGAUUUAGUGGAAAUAUGACUAAUGUUAACCGUUGACUGUAGUAGAUGAUAAAAAGGGAGAGCUUAUAAUAAUUUCCAUUAUUAUUUUAUUUAAAUUUCUCCUGCUCGUCUACUUGUGUUUUAAACUGUUGCUUUGCUUUGCUUUGCUUUCGAUUCGAUCCCACUGAGAGUUUUGAGGAAUGGAUGUUAGGGGUUUUAAGAAACUAGGUUUUGAGAGAGGGAGAGGGAGAAGUUUUGGAUUGGGGAAGUUUUCUAUGCUCUGGGACUACAAGGAUUUGAGCUUCCAAGAGUAGAGAAUUGAGCGGGAAUUUUCCCUUGGAUUUAAAGUAAUGCAAUGCUGCAGAUGAGUAACGUUGCCUUUUGUUUUCAGCCAAAAUAAUAUGAACUCUCCGUCGACCCAAUUUCCCGCUUCAAGAACGAUGGGUUUAUAUCAGCCAGCCCACCUGAUUAGCAUGUGGGGUGAGUCCCUCAAAGGCAGUUCCAGUCCAAAUACUGGGUUAUCUACGAUUGUUGGGGUGGAGACAAAGCUUGACGACAAGUCAGAAGAGACUUCUCAUGGAGCACUGGGUCCUUCAAAAAAAUACAACCAAGAAGCAAGAAAACUGUCUGAUAAGGUAUUAAGACGUCUUGCACAAAAUCGUGAGGCUGCCCGUAAAAGUCGUCUGCGUAAAAAGGCUUAUGUGCAACAGUUAGAGUCAAGUCGUUUAAAGCUUACACAAUUGGAACAGGAGCUUGAGCGAGUUAGACAACAGGGUGUAUACGUAGGUGGUGCUUAUGAUACUAACCAUCUGGGGCUGUCUGAAACUGUUAACUCAGGAGUUGCUACAUUUGAGAUGGAGUAUGGGCACUGGGUUGAAGAACAAACGAGACAAACACAUGAAUUAAGAACUGCUUUGCAAGCUUGUGUAACUGAUAUAGAACUUCGCAUACUUGUAGAUUGUGGCAUGAACCACUACUAUGAUCUUUUCCGCAUGAAAGGAGCUGCAGCAAGAGCUGAUGUUUUCUAUGUAAUGUCUGGCAUGUGGAAAACAUCAGCUGAGCGUUUUUUCAUGUGGAUUGGAGGAUUUCGACCAUCUGAGCUUCUAAAGGUUCUCCUACAGCAACUUGACACUCUAACAGAACAACAGCUUAUGGAUGUCUACAACCUCCAACAAUCAUCUCAGCAAGCAGAGGAUGCUCUUUCACAAGGGAUGGAAAAACUGCAGCUAACGCUGGCUGAGACACUUGCAGCUGAUCCACUGGGAGCCGAAAGUUACGCAUCACAGAUGACUAAAGCGAUGGAGAAAUUGGAUGAUAUUGUAAGCUUCGUGAACCAGUUGUUUUCUUCCAAACAGGCAGACCACAUUCGCCAGCAGACCCUGCUGCAAAUGACUCGCAUCCUGACUACCCGUCAAGCAGCUCAAGGUCUGGUUGCCUUGGGAGAUUACUUCCACUGCCUUAGAGCCCUAAGUUCAAUUUGGGCUGCCUGUCCUCGUGAGCCAGCCUAAUCUAUGAAAGACAUGGUGACCUUAAUGUUUAUUGGUUAUGAUACUGGGCUGGAGAAUCAUGUCUCAACAGCAAGGGAAAAUGCUACAUGCUAAGCAGAAGCCCUUUCAAUAGUGGUCAUUAUUAGCAUCUUAUGAACAUCAUCUAAGCUAAGCUGCUGACAUUUUUGAAGCAGUGCCCCACCAUUGAAAGAACUGUAAAUAUAUGAAACUCCAUGUGCCAUCUGUCAAGGGAGGUUCUGUUCUGUGAAUGUGUCUCCAAUGGAAAAUUGUAAUAUAUAUUUAGACAAAAUUGUUGAGUUCUAGGUUUUAAUGUUUGAGCGGAAAAGGGACUUCUUAUGUAAAUUAUAGAAUAGUUAUCUGCACUGUAAGGAUCUUGGAGAGGAAAGAUGUAUAUUCAUAUU